UGGAUUAAAAGAUGGGGUCAUUGCAUCAGCAACCAGCAAUUAAGCGGCCUCAUGUAGUAGUAUUCCCUUACCCAUCCCAGGGUCAUAUUAAUCCAUUAAUGGAGUUUGCCAAGAGGCUUGUCUCCAAAAACCUCCAUGUGACCUUCAUUACCACAGAGAGAAUUAGAGAGCGAAUGAUACAAGCUCAGGAUGGGGUUGCUGCUCAUGUGACCACUGUUAUGCAGGAUAUAAGAAUUGAAACAGUUCCAGAUGGGCUUUCUCCUGAUAAUGAAGAGACGAAAGACAGAGACAUGAUAUUUGAUUUAUUGAGAAAGGUCGGAGGUCAUAAAUUUGAACAGUUGAUAGAGAGGCUUAAUUCUGAAGGCGAUACAGUCUCUUGUAUUGUUUAUGACUCUUUUCUAGAGUGGGUUCCUAUUAUUGCAAACAAGUUUGAUAUUCCUUCAGCACUUCUCUGGACGCAGUCAUGUGCAGUUUAUUCUAUCUAUUAUCAUUUUUACGCAGGAAUGGUGAAAGCAAAAGAUGAAGCAGAGAAUGCAAGAGACAUUAUAGCAAUACCAGGACUUCCACAACUAUGCCAAUCAGACUUGCCAUCCUUUCUACAACCAUCAAAUACAUAUGCAUCACUGCUGCGAUUCCAGCUAAACCAAUUCAGUACCGUUUCUCAAGCCACAUGGAUACUAGGAAACUCCUUCAAUGAACUGGAAAUGGCAGAAAUACAAUCCAUGGAAUCCCUCAUUCCAAUAAGAACAGUAGGCCCUCUUGUUCCCUCGGCUUUCCUAGAUGGAAAUAAUCCAAAUGACCAAGACGUGGGCACACAUCUUUGGAAAGCAGCGAACUGUAUAGAUUGGCUCAAUAAAAAGGAAGCCUCAACUGUUGUAUAUGUUUCCUUUGGUAGUUUAGCUGUCCUUUCUAAAGAGCAGAUCAUAGAAAUAGCCCUUGGCCUAAAGGCCAGUCAACAUUCCUUUUUGUGGGUGAUUCGUCCUGAUCACAACAAAGAAGAAGAAAAGGACAUACGUGAUUUUCUAGAAGGUUUUAUUGAGGAAACUAUGGAUCAAGGGCUAGUUGUAUCGUGGUGUCCACAGAUGGCAGUGCUUAAUCAUCCUUCUGUGGGUAUGUUUGUUACACACUCUGGAUGGAAUUCUACGUUAGAGAGCCUCAGUUCUGGGUUACCUGUCCUAACUAUUUCUCAGAGGAGUGAUCAAACGACUAAUUCUAAGUAUAUUGAAGAUGUGUGGAAGACAGGGAUAAGAUUGAAUAAAACAAGAGAUGGGCCAGUUGGGAGGGAUGAGAUGGAGAAAUCUAUUAAGACAAUUAUGGAAGGUGAAAGUGGUGUGGACUUGAGGAAGAAUGCUUUGCAAUGGAAGACAUUAGCAAAGAAAGCGAUGGUGAAAGGUGGAUCUUCUGAUAAGAAUAUUGAUUGGUUUGUUCAUGAGGUCAUUGCUAGAACAACACUAGCUUGACCAUACUUAUUGAUAGGAACCAAGCUUUUAAUUUGCAAUAUAAGGAAUUUUUAAUGGUUUGUAACGUGGAUAGAUUAACAAUUUAUGAUCUUGUGUUUGUUUCCUUCUACACAUUCAAUUGCAAUUGCAAGUAGCACUAGGUAUAUACAAAGUACAUA